AUGCCUGUGCCAGAUGCAGCGAGCUCUUUGCCAGCGGAUGAAGCACCUCCUCUGCCCAAGGUCUGUGCUGCGGCCACACAGACCACCGAGUUCCCUCUGCCUGCUGACCCAGCUGGGGGGCUGCCUUCUCCAGCCCUGCAUGUGGGAACAGCCCUCGGGCUGCCUCCUGCCCUUGCCAGGCAUGAAGCAUCUCUGCCUACUUAUGAAACAAAUUCUUUCAAUAAAAUCUCAAGCUUUCAGUCUAAAUCAUCUGUAAGUCAUACAAGCUUCUGCGCUGCAAAAGUAAUGCUGGAAGAUCCUUCGGGAAAUCUGCAGAUCCUUGGACCCUCUCCUCCUCCAGUUCUUUCUCCUUUUGAGCAGAGAUCAAAAAUUAAGAGCAUGGCUGCUGCUGCAGUGUCUGCUGCUAUUGCUGUCCGGGCCAGACUGUACGAGCCUAGUGCCUGCCGCUCGCUGCUGGACGCCCUGCUCAUCACGCCUGUGGCUAAGCCUCUGCAGGUCACCGCACCCUCCAGGAAGUCCACAAGUGCUCUGGAGUUGCCAAAGAGCAAGAGUGAUUCCCUGGGAACUGCCCAGCCUGCCCCAGUGAGGAGCCAGGACAGCGUGGAUGUGAGACCUGCUCCUGCCAACACCACGCCUGCCGCAGUCCUCAAGCCAGCGGCACCCCUGGGUUCUGCCAAGGGCUGGCAGCCACCAAACCAAGCAGCUCCUGUCAGUGGAUGGACAUCAAACAGUAUUAAAUCACCUGGAACAACUGCCCCAAGUGAAAAAGCUGCACCAACACCUCAGCUAAAUGAGCAAGACACGCUGGUUCAGCGAGCGGAGCAUAUUCCAGCAGGGAAGCGCACUCCCAUGUGUGCACACUGUAACCAGGUCAUUAGAGGACCCUUCUUGGUGGCUUUGGGAAAGUCAUGGCAUCCAGAAGAAUUUAAUUGUGCCCACUGCAAAACCUCCAUGGCAUACAUUGGAUUUGUGGAAGAGAAAGGAAUGCUGUAUUGUGAGGUCUGCUAUGAGAAGUUCUUUGCCCCUGAGUGUUCCAAGUGCCAGAGGAAGAUCCUUGGGGAAGUAAUAAAUGCUUUGAAACAAACUUGGCACGUUUCCUGCUUCGUGUGUGUGGCCUGUCAUAACCCCAUCCGCAAUAAUGUCUUUCACUUAGAAGAUGGUGAUCCCUACUGUGAGACGGAUUACUAUGCCCUCUUUGGUACGAUGUGCCAUGGCUGUGAAUUCCCCAUUGAAGCUGGAGACAGGUUUCUUGAAGCCCUGGGCCACACUUGGCAUGACACUUGCUUUGUAUGCUCCGUAUGUAGUGACAGUUUGGAGGGCCAGACUUUCUUCUCCAAGAAGGACAAGCCACUGUGCAAGAAACACGCCCAUUCUAUCAACAUCUGAUACUUGGAACUCAUCUUGUAACAAAUGUACUGAGCAGAAAGGUUAAAAUGUUCACGUUCAAUAAUUGGUUAAAAUUAUUUAUAUACAAUUUAUGUAAAAUGAAAGAGAGAUGUGGAAACUUGCAGAAGGAAUCGUACUGAUUUUUCAGACUGUUUAUAAUUUACAAUUUUGCUUCAUAAAAAGUAAGGUAUCAGGAAUUUCACCCAAGCCAAACAAUUAGUGUCUUUAUCUCUACGCUUCACACAUUACUGUGUUUCAUGGUUUUAUGACCACAUUUAUCUCUGUUUCAUUAUGAGAAGUGAAGUAUGUAUAAAAGUAAAUACCCGAUAUUAGAAGUCUCAGUCUUGCUGCUAUUCGGCAAAUAAAAGAAGAUUGGAUUCAGCAAUCCCGAUCACUUUAUUUCGGUGAUGUUUUUAAAGUGUGUCCCAGAAGUAUUGCAGCUAAACUCCAUUAAAAGGAACUCAAAGAUAAGAUUACACAAAAUAGAUAGUUCCAAAACUUUUAUUUUUUAAACCUGAUAUUCAUAUACAGGAAGCCUCCUACAUAAUUACAUGUACCUGUGUCUUUGCACUUAAAUUUCGGAUGGGUUUGCAAGGGACAGAGGUUUCUACAAAGCUUUUAAGUGGCUAUGCUGGUGAAAAAGAAUAUUUAGAAGAUGCCACUUAAAACAUAGAUGGCAUGCUUUUCUGUAACUCGUGUACUACCAGAACACUAGCCAAAACCCCAUGCUGCUGAGGGUGUCUUUGAUGGGUGAAAAUGUCAGAUUAAAUCUUAAGGGAGCAGGGAUUUCAACUCUUCUGUUUGCAGUUCAGGUUUUAGGUAGCUUUAAGUGCCUUGUAAAGGGGAAAUUAUGCUGAAUCUGCAGGUAACAGUGGUUUGUAUCCAGAAUGUGAGAUUCUGGUCUUGAAUGAGGGAAGCUGCUGAAGUGCAACUGAGGACAUUGGUUUUUUCUCAGUACAUUCUUUACCAUGUAGCUCAUGAAUAUGUAUAUUGGUGGUGUGCCAGGUAGCGUCCUGAAAACUUAACUUCCUUGCUCAGCUGUUAAGAUUUUUAUUAGUUUAGGAUUUACUUUUCUCUUCUCUUCCAGAUGUAGGGAAUGUAUUGUUAAAUGAUAUUCCAUUGGUUUAAGCAGCUCAGUGCCUCUCAGAUCUUGCAAGGGAGCAGCGAGACAAUGCUGUCAUUAUGCAUUUGCCACAAGCCAGAUCAGCCAAUUCUGUGGCUUGAUACGAAUUUUGCAUCCACACAGAGAGGCAGCACAAGACCAGUGAACCAGCUCAGUCCCCCUUAGCCUCAAAUUAGGGCUUAACUGGUUUAAUUGGAGCAAUUGCAGUCAGCCAGGGUGGAGGUGGUGCCCCUCUGCACAGGGCGAAUUUGCUUCAGCAGAAUUGCCCAACAGAGAAGGGGGCUCUUGGGACCUGAGCAGAUUUCUGAAGGAAUCUGAAUUUACUUGCUGUUUGAUUCAACUGGGGUGUCAGAGCUGAACUGUUAGUCUUUAGUGCUCUUUCCAGUAGACAUUGAAAAUAACCAUGUACUGGUUUUGUUAUUGUGGGGUAGGUGUUUUUACUGAUUCAACAGAUAGUUUUGUCCAUAAAACCAUGGAUAAAAAAGUCACAAAAAUUUGCCGUGGUUGAGUAAAGCAAUUGUAAUGAGGAACAAAAAAAUCAACAAAAGAGGAGGAAAGAAAACCAAAAUUACUGUACUGAAAUAUGAAAAAAUAUUUGGUUUUUUAUUAAUUCAGUGAGACAGUGAUUCACAUUGUGGGGCUGUUUCACUUUAUUUCCUGAAAAUGUUUUUAUUCAAUAUUACCGCGUUUCUUUCUUGACUUCCAGUGGUACAGAAGAAAUUUGGUAAAUUUGGUGAAUGUUGGUAAAUAAGAAGAAAUUUGGUGGUACGGUAUAAAGCUGUUUAAAAUGUUUACACUCUUGUAGAUGUACCCUUUUGUGAGUUUGGCUGAAAAUCAGAAGGGUGGAAGCAGACUGGACAAGAUACAGUUGCAAAUGAGCCAGGUUGCUUUUAAAAUUAGGUGGAAUGUGGAGAAAUGAGACCUACAGAUUGGGUUUCAGUGGAGUGUUAUUGCACAUGUGUGAGGAAAGAGGGGAGAAAAUGCACAGGAAAAGGCGUUCCGUAAUUUCUGCACUUCAAACCUUGCAAUUUUAAUGUAGGAUAAAAACCUCUGUUUGUCAUUGUCCUUAAAAUCCAAUUAAAUUUUGUUUAGCCUCAUAAUUUUAAUUUGAAUUUUAUUAUUUAAUCCAUAUGCUCUAAGGUUUGAAAUUUUGCAGUUGUUAAUGAAUUUGAGGACAAAAGCCUGAAGGGCUCCAAUAGAACUGCUUCAUUUAGCUGCUUUGCCUUUUAAUUUCUGCUUUUAUCUAUUUGUUUAAAAUUUUAAAGGAAGCAUAGAGUCACUGUUAGAUAAUGAAUAUUUAAUGGCUUUACCAAAUUAUAUAAAUCAAUUAAAAGGAACAUAAUUUUUAUCAUUAUUUUAAUAAGUGAGAUUUUAGUAGAGCACUUUAUAAUAAUGCCAUAUAUCUCACUGAAUAUUUAUUAUCUUUUUUGUUGUUGUUGUUUAGAACUAUUUCAUCCUGAUAUUAUUUUAUUUGUAAGCCUGCCUUUACCUCUAGAAUCUUUUGGGGUGUGAGUGUAUGUGUUUAAAUAUACUUCUUUCUGCAUGCAUGUGCAUUGAGAGACAGAAGUAUAUAUGUGAAUUUGAAUGCAGACUUGACAUAGCAAAAAAUCAUUUAGGGAUUUCAUAUGAUUCCCAGCUGUUUUUCAUACAACACACAUAUAGCAUUCAUGUUAUGAGGGAAUGUUACAGAGUCAGGACAGAUAUAUUAAUUUACCUAACUACUGUAGAUCUUUACAUGUUAUUGUUUUUCUCCCAAAACCGCCUGUGAGAGAAUUUGGCUUAACUCUGUUUGAAGGUAGAAUGUCUUUAUAAGUGAAUAAUUGAUCCACGAUGACCGUUUCAGUAUGUUGUAAUGAAAUAAUUCAGGAUUACAUGUAAAUAUAAAUGCUUAAUAUAACAAUACCAUAAACUUAAAAGCAGGAGUUGAGUUGUGGUUCGGUGAGUGUUGGUCUGUUAAUUGUGUACCUAUUUCUUCACAGAGCUACUUGCAUCAUCAAGCCAUGUCAGCUGCUUUGCAAACAUUAUUUUAUGCUAAACUACCAGCUGUUAAAUCCUGGUGAUUUCUUUGCUUGUGUUUAAUAAUCUUCAGCAUUAAAUUUUGGCUGCUUACAUUUGCAAGUUUAAUUAUAAUUGAAAAACAUAACAAGAAAAUAA